UAGCUUCACCACCGUCUCUCUCUUCUUUCUCGUGCUUCACUCGAAUCAGCCUCCAAUGGACGAAGACGAUGAGUUCGGAGAUCUCUACUCCGACGUGUUCCACCCCCCCGCCGUUCUUCCUCCCCCGCCUCCUCCUCUCCGUUCAAUCGACCUCAACCUCCGAUCCCAAGAUCAAGAUGAGCCAGAAGAACCUAAUCCACCUCCCGUCUCUAGGGUUUCCGACACCACCGCCGCCUCCAAAUUACCGCCCGCUCUCCCUCGCGACGCGAAUCGCGAUUCUGGCGGCGGCGACGAUAAGGACAUGACCUUCGACAUCGAAGAGCCCGACGCCGAUUCCGCGCCUUCGAUUCCCGGUUUGGCCCUAGAUCGAGGCGUCGCGACGACAAUUGAGGAGGCUGGCGACGGUGGUGGAGGAGAUGAUUGGGAUAGCGACAGUGAAGACGAUCUACAGAUAGUGUUGAACGACAACAACGUCAUGAUGGGAGGCGACAACAGAAGAUCGAGGAUGGGAGACAACGAUGACGACGAUGAUGAAGAGCCGCUUGUGAUUGUGACCGACACGGAUCAGAACCAACCUAUGGAGGAUCAGCUCUGGGGAGAAGAUGGUUUUCAAGGAGUCGAAGGAGAAGGCAAAGAGGGAGGAGGAGAAGCUCUCAAGGGGAGUGGGCCAGGAGGUGCUGUUGGGCCGCCUAAAGCUGGGUAUAGCAGUCAUGGGUAUCAUCCGUUUCAUUCUCAGUUUAAGUAUGUAAGACCGGGGGCAGCUCCCACGCCUGGAGGUGCUGCAUCUAAUGCUGGGACUUCCUCAGGUCAAGUUCGUCCACCCGCCAACCUAGGUCCUAUGGCUGGUCGUGGCAGAGGAGAUUGGCGUCCGAUGGGAAUGAGGAAUCCUUCUGUUGCACAGAAAGGCUACCACCAGGCUUGGGGUAGUAAUACAGCAGGGAGGGGACUUGACUUCACUCUUCCUUCUCACAAGACGAUAUUUGAGGUGGACAUAGAGACUUUUGAGGAAAAGCCAUGGAGAUAUCAAGGAGUUGAUAUCACAGACUACUUCAACUUUGGACUGAACGAGGAGACCUGGAUAGACUAUUGCAGACAGCUGGACCAACGCCGUAUAGAGACUACGAUGCAAAGCAGAAUACGUGUUUAUGAAAGUGGUCGAACAGAUCAGGGUUAUGAUCCAGAUCUUCCCCCAGAGCUAGCUGCAGCUACAGGGGCGCAGGGUGUUCCUGUUGGUUCUUCAGAUUUAGUGAAGGUAGAAACUGCUCAAGGUGAUUCAGCUAAAGUGCCAGCUCAUGUUCGACCUGCACUGCCCCCUGGAAGACCGAUACCUGUGGAGACUGGUUCUGGUGAGCGUCAGCCAUCCGUUGAUACACGUGCUCCUCGAAUGCGUGAUCUAGAUGCUAUCAUUGAGAUUGUAUGUCAGGAUUCACACGAGGAUGCGCCUUCGGGUGAAAAUGACACAGAACCAGCUGUUAGUAGCCUUCCUAUAGAAAAUGUUCCAGUUGAGACUGGGUACGUUAACAGCAGGAGACCAGAUGGGGAAUCUGCUGAACGAAGUCCUACCCAGGAUGAACCACGUAAAAGGCUUCUCAGUAAGCAAGACGAUGAGAUCUCUAGAAGCACUGGUAGUGGCCAGAGUUUUCGUUCGUCGUCUCCUGUUGGGGACAGAGGCACAAUGUCAUCAAGUAUUGAUCGUGAAGAUAUGGGAGGCGUAGCCGGCAAAGAUGCUGAGAUGGAAGAGGAGCGUAAAACGAGUUCUGCAGUUCAAGAAGAUGAUGGAGGGGAAUCAAAGACGGAGAGAAGUAGUGGAAACAGCAAAGCAAGAUCUGAAAGUCACAGAGAUCAUCAGCAAUUGAAGGAUAGUGCAGAACAGGAAGUUAUUCAAAAUAAGCAUUCUACUCGACCAGCUAGCAGUAAGAAACAUCACGAUAACAGUGCACCGUAUCAGAGCAGAAAGAAUCAAGACAGAGGGAAAGAAAUGGAAAGAACUCGAGCGGCGAGCAAAGGUGGUAGGGAGUACUCAAAUCCUCAUACGGACGUUGAUUACUCAAUUGCAAGGGGCGACGAUUAUGAUAGAAGGAAAGAGCGAGAUGUUGAUGGGGGGUUCUGGCGCAGGAAAGAGGAUGACCCAUUCAGUAGAAGAGGUGGGGAUGAAGGGUUUAGAAAAAGGGAUCGUGAAGAGGAUCUGGGCUCUAAGCAGAGGGGUAAAAUGAGAGAGAGUGACAUACGCAACAAAGAUGAUCAUCAUGUUCCAUCGAGAAAGCAUUUGGACGAUGGUGGUUUAAGAAAUAGUUAUGAACUGGAUGAUCACAUCGGGAAGAGGAGGAAGGAUGAAGAAUACUUAAGAAGAAACCGCUCUGAAAAGAACGAAAUCUCAUAUGGUCAAAGAGAAUCAUCAACCAGCCGCCUGAAACGAGAACGGGGUGAUAGGUUGGACCAUCAAAAGAGAGAUGUCCAACAUAAAAGCAGAGAUGAUUUUGAUGACCACAGUUCUCUCAGGCACAGAGAUGAUUUCUAUAUGCAGAGAGAUGGAAAUGACAGGUUGAGAGAGCGCGAGGGUAUGGAUAAAUUGAAAUUAACUCCGGAGGAUGGCUUAUCAGCACGAGGAAGAGAGAGGCAGGUACCUACUACAAGGGGUCAUAGAGGCUCAGAAGACCGAUCAUCAUCGUUGAUGAAGGAUGAUUAUAAAGCUUCUGAGAAAGAGCAUCUCACAAAAGAUUCAACAAGGCAUAGUAAACAGACGAAGAGAAGGGAAUAUCAUGGUGAAGAAAGUUCUCAUCAUAGAGGACACGGAGACUUCUCUGCACGCACAGAUGAGACUGCUAACAAUGAGAAAAUGCCAAGGCAGGAGAGAACAAGUGCUAAAAGUGACAAUGUUAUUAAUUCUUUGGACGGCCAGCAGUUGCAAGACAGAAAACAUAAAGAUUCCAGACGAAAGAUUAAAGAACAACGAGAGGGUGCCGAUUCAGUGAGGAGCAAGCAAGGAGAAGAAAAUGGCAGUUCAGAAGUAACGGGCUCAAAAGGUAAAAACGAAGCAAGAAAUCACAGGAGUGAGAUCCCACAGCAGACUAACGCCACCAAAAGACACAAGGAGGAUGCUUCAUCUGGUGAUGAGCUGCAAGAUUCAAAGAGAGGACGUACGAAAAUGGAGCGUUGGGCAAGCCACAAAGAGAGAGAUGAUGUUGUCACUGUCACGGCAUCGUCCACUUCUUCAAAACUUCAAGAGAAGGAAAAAGGCACUAACGGCCGAGUUCUCGAACCUGUCCAUGACAAGAAUCGGGAUUUAACUGAAGAGAAAAGUAGCCAUGACCUUGCAGAGACCAAAGAUAGAAGCGAGAAGGGACCUCCAGGAGAUCGGCACUUGGACACGGUUGAGAAACUCAAGAAACAUAGUGAACGGUUCAAACUUCCAAUGCCCACGGAGAAAGAUACCACAGUCGUAAAGAAAAUGGAGUCUGAGACGCUGCCCUCUGCAAAAAUUGAAGGCCCUGUGGAUUCAGAGGUGAAAGCAGAGCGGCCAGCAAGGAAAAGACGGUGGACAAGUAGCUGAGAGCCUGGCUCUCUUUGGCUGGAUCGAGGGGUAGCUUCUUAUACUUAAACGGAUGGCAUGAGAUUCUCGCAUCCCACGGAGCAGUUGUUGCCGUGGAGGAUCAAGUUCCAUGAAGAUUAAUUAGAAGAGCUUAGGAAGAGUGUGUGGGAGUGAGCUAUGUUGUGUAAGAAUAAUACGCAUAAGGAUUUUACUUUGAGAGAAUACUCUUUUGUAGUAGUUGAUGUAAACUUUUGUCAAAGAUUAUUUGGUCUUUUAGUUUUGUUCACAUA